AUGCGAAUUGUUAUUGGCUUUGAAAUUGGCGUUUUAAGGCCAUUGCUUGAAGUACCCGAGUUGAUGGGGUGUGUUUUUGAAUAUUUGGAUUGUUCAUCACUGAUUACUCUUACAAUGACAAGUAAACAAUUUUUCGGUUUGCAUGAACCAAUUCAAACUGCAACAAUAAGCAACACUUCCUCCGAAGAUGAAAAACAAGACGAAAAUUCAUCAUCAAUUAAUAAUAAUGAUGUUAGCUUAUUAUUAGAUGUAAAUUUGUGGAGAUAUUUGUUACAUUUCUAUGAAAAAUCUAAUGAGAAAUUAACUAAAUAUCAAUACGUUUAUAAUUUUAAGGAAUCAAUUUGGGGUGCGAGAGAACGUUCAUUUACUAAAUACUGUAAAAGUACUUGGUAUGAAGUUAAUCAAUCAAGAAAGGAAAUGGAUUUAAUAUUCAAAGAAGAUUUAUUGGAAAAGCAUAAAAUUAUUAAGGAAAUUAUUGAGAAACUCAAGAAAUUGUAUCCAAUAUUUAAAUUAGCAUCAACUCAGAUGAAUUAUAUUUUUGAUAUUGAUAGAAAUGGAAGAGCUGCUUGUAGAUAUAAGCAUUGCAAGAGUCAUCAAUCACUCUCUCAAAAUAAUGUAAGAGGUAAAACUGUUGAAAUUGGUUGCACUAGUUGGGACGGAGUUUAUCACGUUGAGUGUUUUAUAGAGUUAUUGCACGAUAAACAUGUGAAUGUUGGAGGCAUUCAAUUUGAUUGUGCUAUUAAUACUAAAGAGCUGAGAAAAAUUUUUAACCUCUCAUUACUGCCAAACAUGUCUCCCUCAAACCAAUUCAAAAAGUAUAUUCAAAUUUGA